AUGUGGAGCUACCUAAUUCUUCUUCCCAUGCUCCUGGCUCUAGGAGCCACUGCUGGCAUCUGGACUGUGUUUGGGAUCGCAGUGGCCAACAAGUCCGUGAACCUGAGUGAUCACUUUCCCUCCAUCAGUAAGUGUGGGUCUUACCCACCACAGAGCUGCAUCUUCAGUCAGGUGCUCAACAUGGGAGCGGCACUGGCUGCCUGGGUCUGCAUCCUCCGUUACCACCAGCUCCGGGACUGGGGAGUCGGAAGGCGGUUUAACCAGCUGAUCCUGUCGGCCGGGCUCCUAAGCGUCUUCGGUACCUCCCUUGUGGCCAAUUUUCAGCAAACGAACCAGCGUACCACCCACCUUACUGGGGCCUUCCUGGCCUUUUUUGUGGGUCUGCUCUACUUCUGGCUGCAGCUGCUUCUCUCCUGGCGGAGGAAGAACCUGCCCCAGGUGGGGUGGCCGUGGGUUGGGCCCUGCCGCCUCGGACUCUGCACGGUUUGCACUGUCCUCAUCGUGACGAUGGUCAUUUCCUAUCGGCUGAAGCUGAAGACGGCCUCCGCGGCCUGCGAGUGGGCAGCAGCCAUGUUGAUCUUCAUGCUCUUCGGCCUCCUGGCCGUGGACUUCUCCUGCCUGGGCGGCUGCACCCUGUCCCUCCAGGCGGCCCCGGGCCUCGACCCGCAGCCGCCGCCAACGCCAAGGGCCCCCUGCUCCCUGCAGGAACCAAAGAGGAGUCCAAGCCUGUCGCCCCACCCGCACCCCCGUGACCCACCGGGGAGGCUGCCAGCUGGCCGGGAGGUGGACGGAGACGUUACUGACCAAGGCUUCAGUUUCUGGUGGCCAGCCGGCUGUAGAGGCCACGCACGACCCCCAGAGCCCGGCUGCUGGCACCAGGACCACCCAGGCCACGUGGCCGCCAGGAAGCGAGACCCCGAGGCCAGCCAGAGGUCCCUGAUCACGCAUCCUUUCCAGCAGAGAUCGCCCGCUGGCUUUGUCCUCUCUCUUAUCCGCCUGAUCUGCUUUGACUCUGUGGAGCAGAACCACAUGUUGGUUCAGAACAACUGGAACGGCCUGGAUUGCCGCUCCCACAACGGCGACUGCGGGCUGCUCUCCUGGUUCCUGGACUCAGCCUUUGCCUGGAGGUCCCGUUACCUCUUCUCUGGGGACCCCUCGGAAACAUCUGCCUUCAGAUGCAUCCCCCUCGAUCGGGGUCACUUCCCGCCUUGUGUCACCUGCAAUGAUGGGCCUAAAUUCGGGGUAAUUCGGGGUUCAGGCUACCAGGGGACCCCAGUUCCACAGUGA